UUGUUGCAAUACUUAUUAGAACAUGACAAUUAAAACCGCCAAAAACAGCUGCUUUUGUUAGCUUCUAAAAAAAUUUUAAUAUAUGAAGUAUUUUCAUAAUAAAUACAUUUUGGGAUUUAGAAAGCACAGUUUGAGACUGAAACGAAUAAAUUGGGCAAAAUUGGAAAACAUGUCACUGGAGUGUCCUCUAAACCCUGUGUAUCGCACAAGCGUCGAGCAGAAGCGACAUUCGAAAAGCGCCGCCAAAAUAUACCGCUAUGGAUCACCAAAGAUACGAGAUCAGUUGCGAGAUAAAUGUCGCAAGCGGAUGCAUGAAGUGAGGCAAGCCCAUUUCAGCAGGCGUAGAUUAGCUGAUAUAACUGAAGAAAUCGAUCUAGAUAAGUUGAUGCGGGAAGAGCUUGCUAGCUUGGAAAGUGACUUGCUCUUGCAGGAAGAAAUUUACAAGGAAUUACGCGAUGAAAUGAACGACUGGUUAGUGCAGGAAUUGGAAGCCGAGGAAGCCUGUUUAAUAGACGCAGCUUAUGAGGACAGCAAUGAUAUACCUGUUAUAUGCCCCAUUUGUGAACAGAAUAAUCUUUCUGCUACAUUUCCAAAUGAGCCCCAAGGAAAUAUCGCCUGCUUUAGCUGCAAAUGUGGCGUAAGCUUCAACUACUCGGCUAAACCUAUGGAACUGCGUAAAACACUCCAUUCUCAGAUAGAUGUUCACGAGCAAAAGUGUGAGGCAAAACUCACUUUCUAUUUGGAACCACAAAGUGUACGCAAUGAUGGAGAAAUUCAAACUGCUGGUGUGGGUGUAAAUAAUCUCUGUGCUAUAUGUGAAAAAUGUGACUAUUUUUAUAGUUUUUAAUAAUCUACUUAUUAUAUUAUAUAUACAACAUAUUUAUUAUCUAUUACAAUACAAAAUUAUAACUUGAGGAAUUGAAUUAAAGCUUGUCUGCA